CAAUGAAGGCAUGGACUGCGUUUCAAACCUGCAUGCGCAGUAAAUGUUUAUACGGUCUUUUUAUAUUGAUCGGCCGCAAUCGCGCACUCAGCCACGCCUUCGGCGCGACUGCAUGCGGGAACGUGACACGUUUCAUCGAGCGGCCUUUGCUUGGGCGCCGUCUUCUCGGUCACCGAUGUAGAACGGCCAGCCGAACGACAGCAGCGGGAACCGAGAAAUAUUGGUUUGCUUCUUGUGCUCUCAGAAGAUAAUGGCUUACCCUGGCGCGCAGGCGGAUUGGUACUACGAUGGCGCCGUUCGCCCCCGCAAGGGUAUCCACGAAGUCUGGGCAUCACAGAGCAGCCAGGUCCACGCGGCGGCCCAGGAACGCCGGCGGCGCCUGCUGCUGCGGUUCCGGCUGGCUGCGCGGCUGUGCCGGCUCAAGGCACACGAGAAGCAGCCCCUGGAGAAGCUCAAGGAGCUGUUCGCCGAGUCCACCACGGGCAUCGACCGGCUGGUAGUCAUCGAGAACCGCUGGCGCUUCUGGAUAUUCUGCACCGUAUACGUCGUCUUCUUCGUCGUCACCGUCAUCAGCAUCGGAAAAACUCUUCAAAACCACUUCGAAUACCGUGACAUCGUGUCCAUAUCAAUGACCGAAGGCAACAGCCUCCAACUCCCCGCCGUCACGUUCUGCAACCUGAACCCGCUCAGGGCCUCGGCUGUGUGCUCGCCAGACACACUGGGACUGAUCAAUGGUACCAUAAGAAACAUCCUCUGCGAUCAGACAGGACCCAUGGACAUUGCCGCAGUACAUAACUUCACGACCGAGGAACUGUACCCGUUUUUAAACGUCGCUCGGAAAUACAACAACAGCCAGACACUGUUCACUCUUGGACACACUAAGCAGAGGAUGGUCCUGAACUGCACCGUCAAGGGAGAGAGCUGCCUGGAUGACAGCAUGUACGAACCUAGCACGAACCCCACCUUCGGCCUGUGCUACUGCAUCUUCUGCUCAAACUACAACGCCUCAAAGAUCUCCUACCAAGCAAGCAACUUGCCUGUCGACGGUUUGACUCUGGUUGUGGAUAUCGAGAGAGACGAAUACCUGCGCUCCAGCAGCGAGAUGGGUAUGAUCAUAAUGGUGCACAGACGCGGGGUAAGCCCCGACCCCAACGAAGACGGCAUGUACCUGUCUCCCUACAUGACCACCUACAUCGGCAUCGAAAUGAGGAUGAUGGAGCGCCUUCCAGCCCCGUACAAAGACCGUUGCGUCACCAUGUGGCCUGCGAUGUGGCAGAAGUACGUCGCACCAGACCAGACUUAUUUCCAGCAGAUGUGCUUCUCGAUAUGCUCGCAAGUUCUCAUCCGUGACAAAUGUGGGUGCAUGAGCGAGGAACUCCCGCAGCUUCGCAAUGUCACGGGAUCGUCCAACGUAAUGUGCAGGAACGACGAACAAAGUAGAAUGUGCUCCGAAGAAAUAUUGGCAGACACGUCUUACAGAAGCCUCAAGAAAUGUGACUGCCCUUUGAAGUGCAGCCAAGAAAUUUACAAGACGUCUAUAUCAAGGACUGGGUGGGCUCAGCGUCUCCGGCCUGAGCAGCCUGGGGUUAGAAGAGACAAGCUACAAAACAGAGCACUGGUCAAAGCCGUCAUCUACUUCGAGUCGAUCAUCGUGGAAAAAAUCACGCAAGUUCCGGAACUCAGCGACGCGACCACACUGAGCAACGUCGGGGGCUUCAUGGGGAUGUACUUGGGCCUCUCGUUCCUGGUCAUCUUCGAGAUUUUGGAGAUAUUCGUGCGCUGGUUCAUCUACCUCUACCGAAGGCGGCGCGCUCCGGUCGCGCCGCGGCCAGCGGAAGCCGCGGCGAGCACGGCGGCGUGGCAGAGGCACGCCAGCAAGGCGAUCCAGGCCGCGCGCGCCAACGAGGACCAGCGCUGCGCCAAGCAGCGGUCCAUCUGGGAGGUCUUGAAGGACUCCCGCGUGAGCACCGCCGCCGGCGGGCUCGUCGCGCUCCGGAGACCGUCCGGUGCGCCGCAGUACGGCUACUUCGACUCGUCCGACUGGAAGAGCUCGGCCGAGGAGGCGCUCGGGCCGUUCAAUCCGCUCUUCCUGCACCGAAGCUUCAGGACCCAGGCAUUUUACUAGCGAGCUUGAGCCUAGCGCGUUCGCAUUCCGUUUCUUUGUUUCCCGGCAGCACGCGCGGGUGUACAACGCAUGGCGCAUGCGUAGCCGCCACAUUGCUUUUCUGAUUGACCUCCAAAUAUAUCGAGUCACCGCGGGCUCGCGCGUUUCUGAUGCGGCGGCCGAGAAUGCACCACGUGUGCUCGUCCGAGAGAGUGAGAGGAGCUGUGUGCGUGUGAAUGGCUCCAGCUCGAGCACAUGCAAACUGUAGCGUAACGACGGAGCUAACGGAAUCAGAAUGCGGAAUGCCUACGUGCUAGGCUAACACACUCCAGAAGGGAAUAUGCAGCGCAGCAAACCUGUCCACUUAUCAAGUUGCCCUUUACCGCGCGAGGUUUUGUCACCGAAUGCCCACAUAACUCUGAUAAUGCGCUUGACUUCGACACACAGUGCGACGUCCACGUCAAACACAUACACGCCGCCUCGCUCCUUCUGAACGAAGGUUGUUGAGGGUGAAUGGGAGAGGUAAAUAUUGCGCUCGUAUCUCCGCUCGUACCGCACGUCUUUUUAAAAAAUUCCUUAGGUAAAUAUUCCUUGAAGGUAUCCCACUCGUUCAAAGGCAUUAUUCAGGAUUCAGACGGGCUUAUCAGUUCCCCGUUAAGGACUCUAUAGUCGGCUGUAAAAUGUCUCAAUCUAAGCAAAUGGUAUAUUACAGACUUGAGUCUUGAAGGCGCAGGUACACGAGUGUGGGUUUUUUUUUUUCUCGGCGAUUUCGGCAUCCUCGUAAACAACCCUUUCUAACUUUCCUUUGUCUCUCGGCUGCGUAUACCUGUAGGGAUAUAUCUACUGAAAUCAUACCCAUUUGCAUUAUAGGCGAUGCAACAGGUCGUGUUCAGUUCGCAAGAGCAUGACUCCCGAAGGCGUGCCAUUUUCCCGCCAAAUAGCACACGUGAAACUUGUGCAAGUCGACACGCCCGUUUCCGGCACAGGUGCCUUCCAACUACGCGGAAUUCAUUGCUUUGCUAAAGUUUCCAUGCUUCUUGCAUAUCACCGCUUGCUGGACUUUCUAAUGUAUAAAAUUCCAAUGACAGAUUCAGAGCGCUCGGCCGACUCCACAGGCUAGCAGCUCCUUCUGGCGUAAAGCAACGCUUCGAAACCCGCGAUCAGAACGAACCCCGGCGUAAUGAGGCGAGCUAACGUUUAAGCCUCCGUCACGGCUGUCCGGAGCGCUGCAGACUCGCGCUGUAAAGAAAAGAAAGCGUAACCUCCUUGCAUUCUCCAUCACUCUAAGAAAAGUUCUCGGCAAAACGACAGUAACUGGAUAGCUAGUCCCAAAAAGGGCACUUUCGUCCCACCAGGCACUAACUGCAGGACCGUGCGUGCCGUGUGCAGAUUUCGGAGGGUAAGUCGGAAAGAGAGCAACGGGAUGAUGAACGGCAACAGUUACUCCUCACACGCUCCACCUUUUUCCCCUGUGUCGCCAAACGAAGCAGCAGAAACGAUAUUGUCUGUGUAAAUCCAGAAAACGUAAGUAAUUUAAAGUUUGUGCUCUGUCUAUUGAACUACAUGCAGGCCAGUACUUUCCCUUUUCGUGAGAAAAUUGCGCGAAAUACGAAAGGUAGAAUAUGACGAGGCAUGCACUUCAUGUGCGCACUAUAAGUGGCCGAGACACGUCAAACGCGCAAGUCAUUGAUGGACAGGGAGAAGUUCUUGGUCAAUGGUAUCCAAGUUACUUCCGUUCCAAGUGGGAGGUACAGCUGACCGGCGAUACCCUGGCGGGACAAGAAGCUCGACCAGCAAGUGCGUCGAGCGGCCAUGGCCAGUAGAGUCCUGGAAUUAGGACACCACCCACUCGACCUCAAGAGCAACC